AUGUUGCCUCCACUUCUUAUACUAUUAUUCACCAUUUUAGGGAUUGAGAUCAUUGCUGGCUUUAUGGGAAAUGGAUUUAUUGCAGCCCUAAUUGGCAGUGAUUGGAUCAGAAAUAGAAAAAUCUCUUCUUCUGACAUGAUCCUGAUCUCUUUGGGCAUAUCGAGAUUUGUCUUGCAGGGGACCAUAAUAGUGUACAUCCACAGUCUCUACUUUCCAGGCAUGCCCAAGCUGGCUACUUUAUAUAAAGCAUUCUGUAUCUUGUGGAUGUUCGUAAACCAUGCCAGUCUGUGGUUCAGCACCUGGCUCAGUGUCUUCUACUGUGUGAAGAUUAUCAACUUUACGCAACUGAUUUUACUGCGAAUGAAGCUGAGAAUUUCUGGGAUGGUUCCCUGGUUUCUUCUGGGGUCAGUGCUGGUCUCUUCUAUCACCACAUUGCCAAUGUUUUGGAUUUUUCCAAGCAUUUCCUCCCACAACUCUACUGGAAAUCAUGUAAACAACUCUGUGAAGACCACUGCUUUGGACACCUCAUCGCUCAGCAUUGCUUCUCUUUAUUGCGCAGGUUGUUUCUUUCCUCUUACAAUAUCAUUCUUCACUUCAGUCCUGUUGAUUGUUUCUCUGUGGAAGCACACCAAAAAGAUGCAACACAACACAACCAGCUGCCAAGAUCCCAGGACAAACGUUCAUGCAAAUGCCAUUAAAGCUCUGGUGUCUUUCCUUAUCCUCUAUCUUUCCAGUUUCAUCGCUCAAAUCCCUUUGAUACUGUUAGCUUCGCAAAAUAGCCAUAUCUGGGAAGUUGCAGUCUCAUUAGUAGUGGUUGCUGCAUAUCCAUCAGGACACUCCAUUAUCUUGAUCUUAAUUAAUUCCAAACUGAAACAGGCAUCAGUGAGAUUGUUCAACUAUACAAUGUACCCUCUGACAAAAGGGACUCCUUAA